AUGGCUCACGAAAAAGUUGAACCACUUGAUCAAAUAGAGUCGUUUAGGCUAUAGAGUGCUCACACAAUUCCCGCCGUCGGAUUGGGCACUUGGCAAACUGGCACUGAAGCUACCAACUCGGUCUUUACUGCCAUUGUUGAGGCUGGUUACAGACACAUAGAUACGGCUGCACAGUAUGGAGUUCGAGAAGAUGUGGGACAUGCUCUUAAGGCGGCCAUGAAUGCAGGAGUUGGGAGGAAGGAUCUCUUCGUCACAUCUACGCUUUGGUGCUCAGAUUUGUCACCCGAUAGAGUACGAGCUGCAUUGAACAAAACCCUUCAAGAACUCCAACUUGACUACCUUGAUCUAUAUCUGCUAAAUAAUCUGAGUCUGCUGUUGAUUGUUUCGUCGUAUUAAAUAUUAAAAACUUUGUUUUAAUUAUAGAUUCAUUGGCCAUUCCACCUUAAAGAAGGAGCCAGCAGACCUCCCAAGGCUGGGGAGUUUCAGAACUUUGACAUGGAAGGGGUUUGGAGAGAAAUGGAGAACCCUGUUAGGGAUAUAGGCGUUUCCAAUUUCACUAUAAAGAAGCUCAAUAAGCUACUGAAAUGUGCUGAGAUAAUGCAAUCUGUGUGUCAGAUGGAGAUGCAUCCAGGAUGGAGAAAUGAUAAAAUGCUCGAAUUUUGCAAGAAGAAUGGUAUCCAUGUCACUGCAUACUCACCAUUAGGCUCACAAGCUGGAGGCAGAGAUCUCAUCCAUGAUCAGACGGUAGAAAGAGUAUCAAAGAAGCUGAACAAGAGCCCAGGGCAGGUUUUGGUGAAGUGGGCUGUGCAGAGAGGGAUAAGUGUCAUCCCGAAAUCAACCCACUCUUAAAGGAUCAAGGAGAAAAUAAAGUUCUGUGGAUGGGAAAUUCCAGAACAAGAUUUUCAAGCUCUUUGUAAAAUCUCAGAACAGGUAUUGAGAUCGCUAGAUGGUGAAGAAAUCUCUGUGAACAACAGGGAAGGGCCAUUCCGUAGUGUGGCUGAUAUUUGGGACCACGAAGACUGA